UACUUGUCAUCCCCUCCCUUUUCUGCUUCCCAGACACUGAGUCUGGGAUGAAAAUUCACCUGCCUCUGAGUUGGCCACUGUGGGGGCAGGGUGUUACUUGGAUUCCCAGGUUGGAAGAUUAUCUCACCAGCCCUAGCUAUAUAAGCUGACCAGUGUCGAGGGGGUCAGCAGGGGCUCAAGGGAUUCAAUCCACAGAAGAGAAGCAUACAGACUAACUUCAAGCUGACAUGAUGGUACUCAAAGUAGAAGAGCUGGUCACAGGGAGGAAGAAUGGCAGUGGGGAGACAGCAGAGUUCCUUCCUGAGGAUUUCAGAAAUGGAGAAUAUGAAACUGCUGUUACCUUAGAGAAGCAAGAAGAUCUGAAAACACUUCCAGCACAUUCUCUGAGUCUAGGGGAGCAGCAAUGGAAAAUCGAGAAACAACGAGAGGCAGAGCUCAAGAAGAAAAAACUUGAACAAAGAUCAAAGCUUGAAAAUUUAGAAGAUCUUGAAGUGAUCAUUCAACUGAAGAAGAGGAAAAAAAUUAAAAAAACGAAAGUUCCAGUUGUGAAGGAACCUGAGCCUGAAUUCAUUACGGAACCUGUAGAUGUGCCUAAGUUUCUCAAGGCUGCCCUGGAGAAUAAACUGCCAGUAGUAGAAAAAUUCUUGUCAGACAAGAACAAUCCAGAUGCCUGUGAUGAGUAUAAACGGACAGCGCUUCAUAGAGCAUGUUUAGAAGGACAUUUGGCAAUUGUGGAGAAGUUAAUGGAAGCAGGAGCCCGGAUCGAAUUCCGUGAUAUGCUUGAAUCCACAGCUCUCCAUUGGGCAAGUCGUGGAGGAAACCUGGAUGUCUUGAAAUUGUUGCUGAACAAAGGAGCAAAAAUCAAUGCCCGGGAUAAGCUGCUCAGCACAGCACUACAUGUGGCGGUGAGGACAGGACACUACGAGUGUGCAGAGCACCUCAUCGCCUGUGAGGCCGACCUCAAUGCCAAAGACAGAGAAGGAGACACCCCCCUGCACGACGCAGUGAGACUGAAUCGUUACAAGAUGAUCAGACUCCUUAUCAUGUAUGGUGCUGACCUCAACAUCAAGAACUGUGCUGGGAAGACCCCCAUGGACCUAGUGCUCCACUGGCAGAAUGGCACCAAAGCAAUAUUCGACAGCCUCAAAGAGAACUCUUACAAGACCUCUCGCAUAGCCACAUUCUGAAGAAAUGACUCAUCCACCGCUCUUCACCAUAAAAAAAUAAAUAAAAAAUAAAUCAGACGCGGCCCCAAAGAAGAGCAGCUAGUCAUAAAAUGCAGCCUUUGUUUAUCAACCUGCUGUAAAACUGCACCUACCAAAGUUUGGAGAAAGCACAAGGAUAUAGGCAUUGAUAUUUCCCUUAGAAAAACUCACUUAUUUAUUUUUACUUAUUACUGUUUACUUAUUUAUUUUACUUACUUUGAUAGCCACUGAUACGCACAUCUUUCACGAGCAUCCAUUUGGUGAGCAAUAUUUGCACAACACUCCAGAACCUUCCCUAGUCCUUAAGUCAUGUGACUGAGUAGUGCUCUCAGCAUCUGGCAUUUCAAGGUGUUUCUGAAAGACAAAAGGCGAUGAUUGUAACCCACUUUUCUCCUGAAAUUUUUAUGCUAAAACUGAAGGCAAUAAAAGGCAUGUAGUGACAGGAAAGAAAAGGAAUUGACUGUGAGGAGGGCCAUGAAGCUGUUUGACAUCUGGGCCUGGUAUAUCUUGCCAAGUCAUGCCCUACACCUAGUUGAAGAGAACUUUCUGAAUGUGAGCAGAGCUCUGUGGAAGGAGCUGGCAGCUGGGCCAUGCAGAGGGAAUUUGAGAAUAAAAGAUGAAAGGGACUGAAAAUUGUAAAUGUGUAAAUGUAUAUUAUGAUGUAUGAAUAUUUUAUAUUCAUAAUAAAAGCAAGUGAAUUCUAA